AUGCAUGGUAGAGAUAAAGCUCGUGGAGAAGAACAUGAUGGGUCUGUCGAAGAUCAUAAUUCUCCAGCGAAAAGGGAGGUGGAUUCUGCUGAAAUAGCAGAAGAAGAGCUAUCACCAGGACGAGAUCUAUGGAGGCGAGGCCUUGUUGUGUUAGAUUUACCAUCAAGAACACACGAAGAUAUCGGUGAGGAUCUAUUGAGACGAAAUGCAUCCUUAACAUCAAGUCCUGUUGCUAAAAGAGUAAACUUUUCUCCAAUGUCGAGUCCUAGAACCGGGCAACGCGGUGCAUCCCUGAGUCCUUCAUCCUCCUCUUCAAGAAACAGGCCUAAUAGCCUGAAGAAUCUAAUCCCGAAGCUGAGCUUCAAAAACCGGAACAGCAAUAACAAUAAUGUGGAUAUCGAGAAAGCUGCAGAUUUGGCCUUUGCGUCCUCUCCUUCUUCAGGAAAUGGCAGGGACAGGUUCACAUGGACUCUCACUAAUAUUUUAACUCCGAGAUUGAAGAAAACUGAGUCCUUGCCGGUAACCCCUAUAGCUCAUUCAAAUCCUGAGUCUAUGCACGGGAGAUAUGUAAUUGAUCCAGUUAUUACCAUGAAAAAAGGGCCUCCACUGCCUAUUCACCGUUCACGCUCUGUUCCGGCAUUUAACAAAGAUGGAAGUCUAAGGCAAUUAGGUGUUUUCCGGGUGAUUCCUACUCCAAACAUGACUCCAACCAGAAAUAUUAUUAAAAUUACCGACGCGAAUGUUGAUGGCGGAGAAGAUGUUCCUGAAGAAGAAGCUGUGUGCAGAAUCUGCAUGGUCGAGUUAGGAGAAGAUUCAGAAGCUUUCAAGAUGGAAUGUAUGUGUAGAGGCGAACUAGCUCUUGCCCACAAAGAAUGUACAAUCAAAUGGUUCACAAUUAAAGGAAACCGAACAUGUGAUGUGUGCAAGCAAGAGGUUCAGAAUCUCCCUGUGACCCUUCUUCGCAUGCAGAAUUCUCAGGGUAAUCUUGGAGCUGCGGAUAACCAGGCUACUAACUACAGUGUAUGGCAGGAUGUUCCAAUACUUGUCAUUGUAAGCAUGCUUGCAUACUUCUGUUUCCUCGAGCAGCUUCUGCUUACUAAAAUGAAAUCCGGCGCCAUUGCAAUAUCAUUACCAUUCUCUUGCGUUCUUGGUCUUCUUGCCUCGAUGUUGUCAACAACAAUGGUGAAGAAGCAAUUUGUCUGGAUUUAUGCCACAAUUCAGUUUGGUCUUGUUGUUUUUUUCUCUCACGUUUUCUUCUCAUUGGUUCACAUGCAGCCGGUUGUAUCCAUUCUCUUAGCCACAUUGGUUGGGUUUGGAAUCCCCAUGAGCUUCACAACAGGUAUAGUUGAGUUUUCUAAAUGGAGGAGAAGCCAUAGGACAGCUGAACCUCCAAGCAGUAGUCAGGUGGAUCAACCACCAGUUCAGACAACAGAUCAGAGCAUUUCUGAAUCAAGAAACUAA